AUGGAAAACGCUGGUUUCCAACCGAGUGGUGAGGAGAUAGAGCGCGCGCUCAUGGACCUUGGGCCACUGCUCGGUGUUACAAUUAAAGAGGAAGCACCCGACGAGCUGCCUGAUGGAGCAGCCGGGACCGCUCCUGCUCCCGCACCUAAUCUCAAUGUGGGCAGCGCGGCAGGCGAUGGCGAGGGCGAGGCGGAGGGCGGGGAGGGCGACGGCAAGGCGGAGGGCGAGGGCGCCGACUCACUGGCGUCUCCGCGAGCUGCCCUCGGCGCGCGCUGCGUGCUGUGCCACGUGGCGCUGGCGCACGCCGAGGGCACGCCCAAGCUCAUGGAGUGCCUGCACUCCGCCUGCGAGCCCUGCCUCAAGUCCAAGCUCGACGAAAAGCUCUCCGCCAACCAAGACUUCCUAGGUGCGGCGCGCGUGACGAUCACGUGCCCGGCGUGCCGGCUGCAGUGCCAGCCCGCCAACAUGAUCGACCAGCGCUUCGUGCUUGAGAAGAUGGCCAUGGAGCAGGCCGGCAACAACGGCGGGCUAUCGGGCGAGCAGCAGUGCAACAGCUGCGAGGACACGGAGCCUGCCACCAGCUACUGCGUGGACUGUGCAGAGUUUAUCUGUGACAACUGCGUCAGUGCGCAUCAGAGACUGAAGAUCACGAAGGACCACAGCAUCAAGUCGCGCGAGGAGGCGGUGGCGGAGCUGCAGGCGGCGCAGGCCAGCUCGCGCAGCGCGCACGACAUGUUCUGCCGCGACCACCCGCAGGAGCGGCUGAGCCUUUUCUGCGAGACGUGCGACCGGCUGACGUGCCGCGACUGUCAGCUGCAGCACCACCGCGACCACAAGUACCAGUUCAGCACCGAGAUGGCCGCGCAGGCGCGGGCCAGCAUCUCGGCGCUGCUGUCGGAGGUGAGCUACAAGCGCGUGCUGCUGGGCUCCGCCAUGAAGGUCAUCCGCGACCGCCAGCACCUCAUCGCCGACAAGAAGAAGGCGCUCGUGCACGAGAUCACGCAGACCGUCGUCAAGCUGACGAACGCGAUCAAUACUCGCGGCAAGCAGCUGGUGCUGCGAUUGAACGAGGUGUGCGACGGCAAGCAGCGCACGCUCGCAGAGAAGAAGCAGGCGCUCGAGCAGCUCGCCGCCAUCACCGACCACUGCGUGCGCUUCGUCAACGCCGCGCUCUCACAGGGCAGCGACACGGCCGUGCUGUACAGCAAGCGCGCAGUGUGUGCGCAUCUGCAGCGCAUCAAGAGCCGCCGCGCAGACAUCCCCAACCCCGAGAUACCCGUGCGCAUCAGCCUGGCGCUCGACAAGCUGCCCGACCUGGUGCGAGUCCUGUCAACAAUCGGCGCGAUCGUGGUGGAUGGCAAGGUGGACGGUGGAGCGCAGGGACCCUACCACCCGCCCGCCGCCACUCCACCUGCGCACCAGCAGAACCAGCAGCACCAGCAGCAACAACACCAGCAGCAGCAGAACCAUCAACAGCAACAGAACCAACAGCAGCAACACCUGCAGCAGCUGCAGCAGCAGCGGCCGCCACAGCACCCCACGCCACCUCAGUCUGCCGUCGUGGCGCUGCAGCAAGUCGCCAUGCACCAGUCGUACGUGCAGGCGGCGAGCGGUGCGAUGGGCGGAGCGUUGGGUGGUGCGAUGGGCGGAGCGUUGGGCGGGGCGUUGGGCGGUGCGAUGGGCGGGGCGCUGGCGCGUGGGCGCGCGCACACGCCGCUGCGGCACGCGCACGUCACCUCCACCACGCACCCGCACCACUUGCACGGCAUGAGCGAAAUGAAUCUCCGUGGGCUGCUGAACGCGGGCGGGCAGCGACGAGCGCUGGCACUGCCGCAAGCACAGGCACAGGCACAAGCACAGGCACAAGCACAAGCGCAGGCACAGGCACAGGCGCACGCCAUACACGCCUACCAGCACAUGAUGGGCGCGUACGGGUAUGGCGGCGCGUCGGGCGGGGCGGCGGGCGCGGCGGGCGGCGGCGCGGCGGGCGGCGCGGGCAGCGGGCGCCGCAGCGUGGGGCCGCGCACGCCGUCGCCCGCGCCGCACUACGCGCCGCCGCACGCGCCGCCGCACGCCCCGCCCGCGCCGCACGCGCCGCUCGCUGCCCCGCACGCAGCCAAGUGGCACAUCCCGCAGCACCAGCUCGCCAACGGUUUGUUGGAGGGUGGGGGAGCGGGUGGCGGGGCGGGCGGCGGGGCGUGCGGCGGGGCGGGCGGCGGCGCGGAGUUCAAGAUCACGCUGAGCCGCCAGCACGCGCCGCGCCCGCCGCCGCCCGUCGUCACCUCCACCAACCCCAAGACGCCCAGCCCCAGCCUCAACGGCGGCGUGUCUCUAGAGCUGGACAAGGUGUGCGCGGAGUCGGUGCAGGACCUGAUGGCCACCAUCGCCAAGCUGGACUCGAACGGCGUGCAGGUGGUGGCCGAGUCGCCGUCGCCCGCGCAGCACGUGCACUCCUCCACCGACGCGGACCUGCACGCACACGCACACACCGCCGCCACCGCGCACCCGGGCAAGGCGCUGCCGAGUUCGGGCACGGGCAGCGGCGACCCCAACGAGGACUGGUGCGCCGUGUGCAUGGACGGCGGCGAGCUCAUGUGCUGCGACAAGUGCCCCAAGGUCUUCCACCAGUACUGCCACAUACCCACCAUCGAGAAGCUGCCCGAUGAGACGGAGACAUGGCAGUGCCUGCUGUGCGUGAACUUCGCGGAGCUGCCCCCGGAGAGCGAGGACGAGCUGGUGGGGGGGGCGCUGAGCGCGCGCCAGCAGCGGCUGGUGGAGCGCAUCACGCUGGAGCUGUACUGCCAGUACGAGCUCAGCCUGCCCUUCCGCGAGCCCGUGCCGCACCACAACCUGCACUACCACUCCAAGAUCUCGCGGCCGAUGUGCCUGGACAUGGUGCGCAUGAAGCUGCAGCCGCGCAGCGAGGCGCGCUACUCGCACGUGGCGCAGUUCGUGGCAGACUGCCGCCUGCUCUUCCGCAACGCCUACCACUACAACCCGCCGGAUUCCCAAAUAUACAAGGACGCAAAGAGGCUAGAGGAGUUCUUCGACGCGCAGUUGCUGAAGUGGCUGCCGGAGUACGCCUACUGGAGCGGAGAGGGGGAGCCGCCCGCCAAGAGAGCCCGUCUUGAAUGA